CGCACGGGGCUCCACCUCCCCUCGUCGUUCCCGCACCAAACGCCAGCGAGUCCACCUCCACCUCCACCUCCACCUCACCCUUCUCUCUCUGGAGCGAGCCGGCACGGCAGCCUCGUAGCUGCACGCCUGCACGUCCCUCUCCGCCCCUCACCUCGCGCCGCGCCCACACUCCCACGAGGGCCUCGAAGCUCUCGCCUUCCACGCGGCGCGGCCAAUGCGAACGCGGCGUCGCGGGCGCCAGUAGCACAGCAUCCCCCCCGGCCCGGUCGGGUCAACCCCGCCGUCGUCGUCCACGCGGGCGGGGGGUAUGGGGCGCAACAGCGAAACGUCGGUGGCCGGAGAGGGGAGCGGGAGCGGCGACCUUCGGAGGAGGAGAGGGGGCCGGGACGGGGCGGGCGCCUCGUCCUCGUCUUCCUCCUCCUUCGCCGAGGGGACGAGGGAGUUCGUGCUGAGCUCCAUGGACGAGAGGUUCUCCGGAUCGGUCGACGCCGAUGGGUUCCCCUCCUCGCGUCGUGAAGGAUUCGGGCAUAGUAAAUCCACAACUGCAACUUCUGGUCGUUUUAGAGGACAAGAUCAUGCUUUUGUAAGAUCAUACUCUGAUAGGUUGCUUAAAUGUGACCUCACGUUGGAUAUGCUAUCAGAAAAUGAUAAGAUGAAGAUAAUUGAGAAAUUGGUAAAGAUCCAGAAAGAUGGUACACUGGAGGUAGAUGUGAUCCGUAGUGCCCUUGUUGCCUCUGAACUCUCAGAGAUUGAUGCUUUUGGUUCUGUCCCGUGUGAUGUUGAAGAAGUUAAAUCUGGAUUCAGCAAGUCUGUCCCAAAGUUGAAGAUUGCUAUACUUGUCGUUGGAACACGAGGGGAUGUUCAGCCGUUUAUAGCAUUAGCUAAACGACUUCAGGAAUUUGGUCACCAUGUUAGAUUGGCAUCGCAUGUGAACUUCCGUACUUUUGUGAAAUCAGCUGGUGUUGACUUCUACCCAUUGGGUGGUGAUCCACGAAUUAUGGCCCAGUACAUGACAAAAAACAAAGGGUUUUUAAUGGCCGCUCCCACAGAGAUUUCUGUUCAAAGAAAGCAGGUCAAGGAAAUCAUUUUCUCUCUUCUACCUGCAUGCACAGAACCUGAUUUGGAUACUGGAAUACCUUUCAGAGCUCAGGCAAUAAUAGCAAAUCCUCCUGCCUUAGGACAUCUUCAUAUUGCCGAGGCACUUGGGGUACCUCUGCACAUCUUCUUUACUUUUCCAUGGACGCCAACUAAUGAGUUCCCUCAUCCAUUGGCUCGAACCCCUCAGAGUGCAACCUACAGGCUAUCCUACCUUAUUGUGGAUUUAAUUAUUUGGUGGGGCACAAGAGGAUUCAUAAAUGAUUUCAGAAAGAAGUUAAACUUGUCCCCUAUUGCUUACUUCAGCACGUACCAUGGAUCCAUAUCACACUUACCUACAGGAUACAUGUGGAGUCCUCACCUUAUGCCGAAGCCAAAUGAUUGGGGUUCUCUAGUGGAUGUCGUGGGAUAUUGCUUCUUAAAUCUUGGCACAAAGUAUCAACCGCCGCCAGAGCUCUCACAGUGGCUUGAACAAGGUUCCAAACCGAUAUACAUCGGUUUUGGUAGCAUGCCUCUUGAUGAUGAAAAAAAGGUCAGUACUAUCAUUUUGGAUGCACUAAGAGAAACAGGACAGAGAGGAAUCAUUAGCCGUGGUUGGGGAGAUCUUGGAAGUUUUUCAGAAGUUCCAGGUGACGUCUUCAUUUUGGAAGAUUGUCCCCAUGACUGGCUGUUUCCGCGUUGUACUGCAGUUGUACAUCAUGGUGGAGCAGGUACCACAGCUGCAGGCCUGAUAGCUGGGUGUCCAACCACCGUAGUGCCUUUUUUUGGCGACCAGUUCUUCUGGGGCGAGAUAGUUCAUGCGCGCGGUGUGGGUCCUGUACCUAUCCGUGUGACAGAGCUUACUACCGAAGCACUUUCAAAUGCUAUCAGAUUCAUGCUUGAUCCUGAGGUAAAAUCACGAUCAAUGGAACUGGCGAUAGCAAUAGGGAAUGAAGAUGGUGUCGCAGCCGCAGUAGACUCAUUUCACCGACACCUGCCUUCAGAACUCCCACUUACUCCACCACCCGCCCCUGUAGAAGAAGAGCGGCUAGACCUGCUUCAAUUGCUUGCUCGAUAUCUUGAGAAGUGUUGUCUCCCGUUCAAUUCUUAGUUGUCCAUAGGGUAGGUAUGGGUUCAAUUUAUUUAUUUAUUUCUGUGGUUAGGAAACAGAAAUUAGUGUCUUGUAAAAUUUGAGCGAGCGAAACAAACUCUAGUUCAUCAUCCAUGCCAGUCGUCCAAUCUCCCUUUUCCAGUGUGAAUAUUGAUAAUAAGGGCGUGUUGUAGCUUUGGCGAUUUUUUUGGUGUAUUACAAAUAAGCAGCUUUCCUGUACAUGGAAUUUUGGAUCUUAAAGAAUUGUUGGACACAUUCA